AUGAAUAACGCCCCUCCAGCCCCAAAGAAGCCCCGGGUAGCCAUUGAUUUUCCAAGCCAACGUGGAGACAGGUAUGACGCGCCGUCAGAAGUGCACAUUGAGCUAAACAACGGCAAAAAGUUCUGGCUCCCUGGCGACGGGCUCUCUCUGAAAGAGCUGCAUAUGCGCAUAGACCGAGAACAAUAUCAGCUUUAUGUUGAACACAUCAAGGAACACGCAGCUGACGCAGCAGCUGACGACGAUGGGUAG